AUGGACGUGGACGCGGACGUGGACGUGGACGCGGACGUGGACGUGGACGUGGACGUGGACGUGGACGUGGACGUGGACGUGGACCUGGACGUGGACGUGGACGUGGACAUGGACGUGGACAUGGACGUGGAGGAGGACGUGGACGUGGACGUGGAGGAGGACGUGGACGUGGACGUGGACGUAGACGUGGACGUGGACAUGGACGUAGACGUGGACGUGGACAUGGACGUGGACGUGGACGUGGACGUGGACGUGGACGUGGACGUAGACGUGGACGUGGACGUGGACGUGGACAUGGACGUGGACGUGGACGUGGACAUGGACGUGGACGUGGACGUGGACAUGGACGUGGACGUGGACGUGGACGUGGACGUGGACGUGGACGUGGACGUGGACGUGGACGUGGACAUGGACUUGGACAUGGACGUGGACUUGGACGUGGACGUGGACAUGGACGUGGACGUGGACAUGGACGUGGACGUGGACGUGGACGUGGAGGUGGACGUGGACGUGGAGGUGGAGGUGGAGGUGGACGUGGACGUGGACAUGGACGAGGACGUGGACGUGGACGUGGACGUGGACGUGGACGUGGACGUGGACGUAGAAAUGGAGGUGGACGUGGACGUGGACCUGGACGUUGACGUGGACGUGGACCUGGACGUUGACGUCCGCGUGGACGUGGACGUGGACGUGGAGGACGUGGACGUGGAGGUGGACGUGGACGUGGACGUGGACGUGGACGUGGACGAGGACGAGGACGUAGACGUGGACGUGGAUGGACGUGGACACGUGGACGUGGACGUGGACGUGGACGUGGACGAGGAGGAGGACGUGGACGUGGACGUGGACCUGGACGUGGACGUGGACGUAGAAAUGGACGUGGACGUGGACGUGGACAUGGACGUGGACAUGGACGUGGACAUGGACGUGGACAUGGACGUGGAUAUGGACAUGGACGUGGACAUGGACGUGGACGUGGACGUGGACGUGGACGUGGACGUGGACGUGGACGUGGACGUGGACAUGGACGUGGACGUGGACGUGGACGUGGACGUGGACGUGGACGUGGACGUGGACGUGGACGAGGAGGACGUGGACGUGGACGUGGACGUGGACGUGGACGUAGAAAUGGACGUGGACGUGGACGUGGACGUGGACAUGGACGUGGACAUGGACGUGGACAUGGACGUGGACAUGGACGUGGACAUGGACGUGGACAUGGACGUGGAUAUGGACAUGGACCUGGACAUGGACGUGGACGUGGACGUGGACGUGGACGUGGACGUGGACAUGGACAUGGACGUGGACGUGGACGUGGACGUGGACGUGGACGUGGACGUGGACGUGGACGUGGACGUGGACAUGGACGUGGACGUGGAGGUGGACGUGGACGUGGACGUGGACGUGGACGUGGACAUGGACGUGGACGUGGACGUGGACGUGGACGUGGACGUGGACGUGGACGUGAACGUGGACGUGGACGUGGACGUGGACGUGGACGUGGACGUGGACGUGGACGUGGACGUGGACAUGGACGUGGACAUGGACGUGGACGUGGACGUGGACGUGGACAUGGACGUGGACGUGGACGUGGGCGUGGAAAUGGACGUGGACAUGGACGUGGACGUGGACGUGGACGUGGACGUGGACAUGGACGUGGACAUGGACAUGGACGUGGACGUGGACAUGGACGUGGACGUGGACGUGGACAUGGACGUGGACGUAGACGUGGACGUAGAAAAGGACGUGGACGUGGACGUGGACAUGGACGUGGACGCAGACGUGGACGUGAACGUGGACGCAGACGUGGACGUGGACGUGGACAUGGACGUGGACGUGGACGUGGACAUGGACGUGGACGUGGACGUGGACAUGGACGUGGACGUGGACGUGGACAUGGACGUGGACAUGGACAUGGAGGAGGACGUGGACGUGGACGUGGACGUGGACGUGGACGUGGACGUGGACAUGGACGUGGACGUGGACGUGGACGUGGACAUGGACGUGGACGUGGACGUGGACGUGGACAUGGACGUGGACAUGGACGUGGACGUGGACAUGGACGUGGACGUGGACGUGGACGUGGACGUGGACAUGGACGUGGACGUGGACGUGGACAUGGACGUGGACAUGGACGUAGACAUGGACGUGGACGUGGACAUGGACGUGGACGUGGACAUGGACAUGGACGUGGACAUGGACAUGGACAUGGACGUGGACAUGGACAUGGACAUGGACAUGGACAUGGACAUGGACAUGGACGUGGACAUGGACAUGGACGUGGACGUGGACAUGGCAUGGACGUGGACGUGGACGUGGACGUGGACGUGGACAUGGACUUGGACAUGGACGUGGACUUGGACGUGGACAUGGACGUGGACGUGGACGUGGACAUGGACGUGGACAUGGACGUGGACAUGGACGUGGACGCGGACAUGGACAUGGACGUGGACAUGGACAUGGACGUGGACAUGGACGUGGACGUGGACGUGGACGUGGACGUGGACAUGGACGUGGACGUGGACUUGGACGUGGACAUGGACGUGGACGUGGACGUGGACAUGGACGUGGACGUAG